AAUGUAGUUCAAUUAAUAAAAACAUGUAGUUUAAUUAAUGUAGUUCAAUUAAUAAAAAUAUAAAAUUUAAAAAAUGCGGGUUUAUCUUCAUAGACAGUGCGACAAAGUUUAUGGGUUGCAAGAUGUGUCAUCGUGUCCGGAGCAGGCCCUCUUUGCGACCGGCUCAUUCCGCGGGACAAUAUACGUGUUCGAUUCGAGAUCGAGUAAUAAGCCGAUUUACCAGUACCGACCCCACAGUAAAUACGUGACUAAACUGGCCAUGAACACGGAAUACAUUCUGUCCGCUAGCUUGGACGAGACGGUAUCCGUUUGGGAUCAGAGAGCCGGUCGGAUUAUGAAGUCUAUCAGAAUUCCUGAUAAAGCGAUCCCCGAGUGCAUGAGUAUGCGACGGGAUAAUUGGGUUUGCGUCGGGGACUCCAAGGCGAAGUUGCACAUGCUAGAUCCAAAGAACGAUUUCAAGCUAGUGAAUUCUUACUCCACCGAGGCUAUAUGUUCGUACCCGUUACCAUCGUUAACGGGAGUACAUCUGACGCACGGAUGCCUGAUAACGAGUUGGAACUCGUUGCACGGUACCAUCGUCAGAAUUUUGAGCCCUACGAAUCCGCCAAAGCCCAUCACUACCAUACUUUUAAAAAGGGAAUUUCUCUGCAGCGGCACCACGGACUAUCUGAAUGACAUUCUCGUGGUAGCAGGCCACAAACUCGUCAUAUGGCGCCCGAGAAAUCGACGUGUUUAACGAACCAUCAAUGAACAAAAAAUUUCCAUACGUUUUCUAUAGUUAUUCUAUAUAGCAAUAUUGCUUUGAUAUGUAAUAUGUGAUCUUAUUCUUUCUCAAAAUACUGCUUUGAUGCGUCUCUCUAAUACGCAAUGUGAUAGAUACCGUUUCACGAAAGUAGAAGUAGAUAUCGUUUUGUUGGAAAUACGUUUCUGUAAUUAACAGCUUUACUAACAUCGCUUACCUACGAUUAUAAGCUGAGCGAUAAUUAAUCAUAACUGUAAAUAUAAGCUAAGCUUAUAAUUACAGCGUAUUCACGUCGGGAUUUUUAUGUUUCAAAGAAUAAGAGAAAACAUAAGAGAAAAUUACGUUACUAUAUAGUUAAGUUCCAUAAGCAUUUAAAUAUAUUUUGCAUAUUGCAUUAGCGCAUGAUGCGUAUUGUAUCAUCGUUUUGUUGUUCUGUAAAUGUUUCUGACAAGGCGUUAUAUUUUAAUGUAACGUAUUUCCUCGUAUGAGAGAGAGAUACUGUGUGCGUGCACACUCGAGAAACGGCGAUGUUUAAAUAUUAUACUCUUCGUGUACUAGACGCUUAUUUAUAACAUUUAUAAACAAAAUACCAAUCGUUUAUUCAAGUAACAGAUAACUUUUUUUAUCCCUUUUUUGUUCGCCGAGAUUCGCCUCUCUCGAAUUAUGUAGCCCAUGAACGUAAAAUUUGAAUUCUCUAGGACGUGUGUGUCGUAUAUAUCGCAUUACAUUCCAAUUGUCGAAAUUCUAUAUGUCGCAACUCGAUGGACUCCAUUAAUUAAGAUUGUUAAAUAAACAAGCAAAUUUAA